GCGUCGUUGAGAUACUCAGAGGGCGUGUGCUGUGUUGGGAAGAAGGCAGAAGCAGAAGCAGAAGUAGAAGCUGCGAAGCACAAUGGCGUAUCUGAGCAUGGGAGAAGCGCACAGGAGAAUCACGGAGUAUCUAAAUCGCUUCUCCGACGCCGUUUUGACCCAGGACGGAUCUUCUCUAAAGCAACUCCUCUCCAUCUCCUCCAACUCUCCUCUUCUCCUCUCCCUCGCCGACGCUCUCAACCUCUUCCACGACUCCAAUCGGCUGCUUAAGCAAUCCGAUCGCUUCUCUCAGAUUUCCGAGAUUGUCUCCCCCCUCUUUCGCUCUAUCCAGAAUUUCAGACUCGGCAACUUGCUCGAUUCCUACAAUGCGUUCGAAAAAGCCGCCAAUGCUUUCAUUCAGGAGUUUCGGAAUUGGGAGUCGGCGUGGGCGUUGGAGGCUUUGUAUGUCAUUGCUUACGAAAUUAGGGUUCUUGCCGAGAGAGCUGAUAGAGAGUUGGCUUCAGUUGGGAAGACACCAGAGAAAUUGAAGGGAGCUGGUUCAUUCCUGAUGAAAGUUUUUGGAGUGCUUGCUGGGAAGGGCCCAAAACGUGUUGGAGCAUUGUAUGUGACUUGCCAAUUAUUCAAAAUUUACUUCAAGCUUGGUACUGUUCAUCUUUGCCGAAGUGUGAUAAGAAGCAUUGAAACUGCUCGAAUAUUUGAUUUUGAGGAGUUUCCAAUCAGAGAUAAGGUCACAUACAUGUAUUAUACUGGUCGCUUGGAAGUUUUUAAUGAAAACUUUCCUGCUGCUGAUCAGAAGUUAUCUUAUGCCUUAACGCAUUGCAAUCCGCAUCGUGAAGCUAAUAUAAGGAUGAUCCUGAAAUAUCUGAUUCCUGUGAAGCUUUCAAUAGGCAUCUUGCCUAAAAAUUGGCUCCUGGAGAAGUAUAACCUGAUUGAGUACAGUAACAUUGUACAAGCUCUAAAAAGGGGUGAUCUGCGACUUCUUCGACAUGCUCUCCAAGAGCAUGAGGACCGGUUCUUAAGGUCUGGUGUUUAUCUUGUCCUUGAGAAGCUAGAGCUCCAAGUUUACCAGAGAUUGGUAAAGAAAAUCUACUUCAUCCAAAAGCAGAAGGACCCAAGCAAAGCACAUCAGUUAAAGCUGGAAGUAAUUGUUAAGGCAUUGAAAUGGCUUGAGAUGGACAUGGAUGUGGAUGAGGUGGAGUGCAUAAUGUCCAUUCUAAUAUACAAGAACCUUAUGAAAGGGUACUUCGCUCACAAAAGUAAAGUAGUUGUUCUAAGCAAGCAAGAUCCCUUCCCCAAAUUAAAUGGGAAGCCAGUCAAUUCCUAGAGCUGGAGAGAAGAUGUUUUUAUGAUUGACGAUGUGUGAGUGUAACUGCAAUCAGCAAAGUUAGUUGACAAAUCCUUAGGAAAAAAAAAAACAGAGAAGGAGCAGGCCAAAAACAAAAUGCCCAAUUUCUUAGCAGACAAGGAAAAUAAUGGCCAAAAUGCUGCUAUCCUUGCACAAGCUUAAUCAUCAGAACACUAAAGAGAGUUUUAUGUAAUCUUCUUUAACUGCUAUAUUAUCAUUCAGAACCCUUACAGUUGUACGCUGCAAUGAGUAUAACCAGUUAAUUUUGCUCCA